CAGGCUCGCGAGCCUGNCCAGCCGCUGCAGGGUCUCCUUUGGUUCUCUCGUCCUCCCGGCGCUUCCAACCGCGGUCCUCAGCAUGAAGGCGCUCAGCCCGGUGCGCGGCUGCUACGAGGCGGUGUGCUGCCUGUCGGAGCGCAGCCUGGCCAUCGCGCGGGGCCGCGGCAAGGGCCCGGCCGCCGAGGAGCCGCUCAGCCUGCUCGACGACAUGAACCACUGCUACUCGCGCCUGCGGGAACUGGUACCCGGCGUCCCGCGAGGCACCCAGCUUAGCCAGGUGGAAAUCCUGCAGCGUGUCAUCGACUACAUCCUCGACCUGCAGGUGGUCCUGGCCGAGCCCGCCCCUGGACCCCCAGACGGCCCUCAUCUUCCCAUCCAGACAGCCGACCUCUCUCCGGAACUUGUGAUUUCCAACGACAAGAGGAACUUCUGCCACUGACCUGGCUGUCCUGGCGCCUCCAGAACGCAGGUGCUGGCGCCCGUUCCGCCUGGGACCCCGGGACCCCAGGACUCUACGGCCGGAAGCCCGAGGGCAUGGAUGGGCCCUAACCUCUCCCUGCCCACUUCACUUCCCAAACCCCUGCCUCGAGGCUGGACCUGGCGCCCGGGAGCGAAGGACUGUGAACUUGGGUGGCCUCAAGAGCAAGAGCUAGCUCUGGGCACCAACUGGGCAACCCAGCUCCACCCCACCCCCAGGUUUUAAAGACUGUCUUUCAGAGUGUGGAGGGGUAUGUGUGGGGGGAGAGGGGCUGCUCUCCAGACUCUGCCAAGGCAGCAGUAGAGCUGGUCUUCUGGUCUCCUCGGAAAAAGGCUCUGUUGCCCUGAUUAUGAACUCUAUAAUAGAGUAUAUAGCUUUUGUACCUUUUUGCAGGAAGGUGACUUUCUGUAACCAUGCGAUGUAUGUUAUUAAACUUUUUAUAAAAGUUAACAUUUUGCAUAAUAAACGGUUUUUAAACA